UUUUUUCUUUUUCUUUUAUUUUCUUUUUUUUUUUUUUUCUCCACCGGAGUUGGAGCCGGAGUUUGGUUUCCAGUCUGACCUGCAUUGCAACAAAACCCCGCUGCUUCUUCUGUCGCUGCUGCUGCUGCUGCUGCUGGAGGAGAAACCCCCCCACACCCCCCAAAAAAACCCCAAAAAAACACAACAACAACAGCGACGUCCACAAGGCCGGAGAGAGUCUGUGUGGAGGGAGCCAUGGAAAUCCUGGACAGUGGUGAACCGUUCCUGCACUGGGACCGGAACCUCAGCGAGCUGUCUGAGGCCGGGGAGAUCGACUCCGUGCUGUACACCAAUCACUUCUCCGAGCUCCUCGACGACCUGUCCCAGGAUGCUUUGCUGGGCCAGCUGCUCAGCGACCCCUUCCUCUCCGGGGUGAGGGGCGGAGUGGAGGCCAUGGAGGGCGAGGACGGAGGCGACCUGUCCCCGUCCUCCCCUCUCCCCCCUCACAUCACGGCCGAGCACAGCUACUCGCUCUGCGGCGACAGCCGACCGCAGUCGCCCCUGUCGCACCUGACCGGAGAGCAAGGCAGCGAAGCGGCAGAGUCGGACGGGGAUUCCGCCGAGUGGCCCAUGGAGCAGGAGGAGGCUAUUGACGGCCUCCUGUGCGAGACUCCCUCCCUUCUCCCCACCCUCUCCCUGUCUCUGGCCUCCGGCGAGGGGCCCCAGGCACCCGACCGCGCAGUGGCCGCCGCCGCCGCCCCAGCUCAGACCGCAGUCAGCAGCCUCCACCAGGGCAAGGGCAUCAAGAUAAAAGAGGAGAACAUCAUCCCUCAGAUCAAGCUGGAACCUCAUGAAGUGGACCAGUUUCUCAAUCUUUCACCCAAAGGUCUGGAGUCUCUGCAGAUGCCCCCCACUCCUCCCAGUUCCCACGGCAGCGACUCGGAGGGCAGCCAGAGCCCCGUCCACGCCCCGCCCGGCCUCUCCUGCCCCACCUCGCCCACCAGCCCCUCUCCAUCCCAGGCCAGCCUGAAGGUGUCGCCUCGCGCUGCCUCCUCCCUCUCCAACUCCCCUCUGCUCACCGCUCCGCACAAACUGCAGGGGUCGGGGCCGCUGAUCCUGACCGAGGAGGAGCGCCGCACCCUGGUGGCCGAAGGUUACCCUGUCCCCACCAAACUGCCGCUCACCAAGGCCGAGGAGAAGGCGCUGAAGAAGAUCCGCAGGAAAAUCAAGAACAAGAUUUCAGCUCAGGAGAGUCGCAGGAAGAAGAAAGAGUACAUGGACGCUCUGGAGAAGAAGGUGGAGACGUGCUCCAAUGAAAACAAUGAACUACGCAGGAAAGUGGAAACUCUGGAGUGUACGAACAAGUCUCUGCUGCAGCAGCUGCAGUCUCUGCAGGCGAUGGUGGCGGGCAAAGUCCCCAAGUCCUGCAGGGUGGCUGGCACCCAGACAUCAUCAUGCCUAAUGGUGGUCGUGUUGUGUUUUGCUCUGUUUUUGGGGAGCUUUUACCCCAGCAGUCUGACUCCGGGCUCCACCAUCAUUGAAACAGGCCUCGCCUCCAAACAGCUGGCUGUCAGAGAGUCCUACACAGCCACAGUUAAGUCGAGGAGUCUGUUAUCGACCCUCGAAGAGGAGCAGCCAACCCUGCUUGGUCUGGGCGGUGAGUAUCCCAACCAGUGGGAGGACCCGCCAGCCAUCGUGAUAGCAGCGUGGCGUCACUCCGAGCAACAGAAGCUGGGGGCGGAGCCCGGCAGAGGGGAAACACACCCACCUUUCAGGAGUAAAAACAAUGAUACGCGGACACCGAAAAACCUGCAGCUGGACCUGCACAGGUCGCUGGAGCAGAGGGCGAACGAGAGCAGUAGCAAGGUGAUAGAGCUGGAGCGAACGGUCAACGAGACCUCCUGAAGUUGACGUCAACACCACCCUCGCCCCCGCACGACCUCCUUUACACCCCUCGAUGACCUUUGACCUUCCCCCCUCUAGAGCAUGGUUCAGUGUCCUGGAGCAAACCUCAUUUUUUUUCUGCCAUCUCUGUUUUAAUAAGAUACACUGUAAUAGUAAUAAUAAAUAAUAAUAAUAAUAUUAAUAAUAAUAAUAAUAAUAAUAAUAACAAAGGGGCACUGGUUGCCCUGAUUUCUGAAGUAAAAGUUGCACUGAAUAGUUUUUCCAUGAGUCAACUUACCAGUUUUAGAUGUCAUCAUUGACCCGGCUUGAAACACUGUUAAAAGAAAACCAACUCCAGAUAAAUUCAAACCGAUCUAGUGAAUCACGGAGCGCGACAUUCAUUCCAGAGGAAAGUGUUUUUUAAAAUAUGACAUGUGAGGCUUUUUACAGGACACUGACGCAGACCUCUGUAUUUAUAGAAACCUUGUUUUUCUUGUUUUUGUUUUGGUUUAUUUGCUUUUCAAAAAUUUAUUUCUCUGUGUAGUUGAAUUUCUUUUAAUAUUAAAUGUUUUUAUUCCAUUCCAGUAAUGCAUACAUCACAUUUUGAUACUUUUUUGUGUUCAUACUGUAUUUUGUGAUUUAUUUUAUUGUACUCUUUUAUAUAUUGUUC